GACCGGAGCUCCAGACACGGGGCGGGGCGUGAGCACGAGAGGCCUAAGAACUGAGCGGUGGUGGGCGGGGUCAUGGGCGGGGCUAACAGGAAAUGAGGCGUGCCAUUGGCUGAACCGAGAGGUGGGACUCGGGGGAGGGGGACGCAGCCUUGGCAGCGAGGUACCCAAAGGAGUCCCUAGUGCUGGUAGGGCCACAGGGACUGACAUUGCUGGCGUCAGGGUCUGGGGUGGGUAGGAGUAGGGAUCCGGGAUUAGAGAAUUGAGGUAUAGCUAGACCCGAAUGAUCUUUACUCCUGGAGGCCCAGGUCUGUCCCAGUGCCAACAUAUUCCCUAAAGUAGUCUUCUAAACGCUGUGAAGAAAGUGAAGAGCUCCAGUGAAAAUAAAGGACCAGCAGGCUCUGUGGCUGGGGAAAUGACACAAUGAAUAUCAACAGAGGAGGAAAUAGCUUAAUGGCUGUCAGAAUAACAGAGAAGCCCGGAGUCUCUGGACAAGAUCUAGGGAAGGAGCUGUCUAUACAAUGGAGAAAAAAGCCCAGGCAGAGACUGAGCUAAAGCCUGGGAACAAGGCUCCGCAUGCUAAACUCGCACUUGCCUUCAUGAACAGUGUGAACAUGGAAGUAGAGACAGCAAAUGAAGACCCAAUCUGUUCAGGGAAAGGAAGUGAAAGGUGGGAAAGGCCAGUCACCUCCAGCGUAUCUGACUCAAUCUUGUUGCCCCUCCACCAAAGUCCCAGGAUUGCAACCUAUGAUAGAUACGUGGAGCCAUGUGAGUGAAAGAUGCUAAUUCGUUACAGGUAGAUAAAGUCAAGGUCAAGCCGUCAGAUAUUCCAACUUUCCCAGGUCUUGGCCCAAGGUGUUGGGCAACUUGUCACAACUGAGGGGGAGCCCCUUGCUGGCAGAAGCAAAGGUACCUGUCCAGGGCUGCCCUUGGCACUCAGAUAAUUUUAUGGCACAUUCCCAGGACUCAGAAUAAGAUCCAGGCCAAGCCUCCUUCUCCCAUACCCACCCCCACUGCAAAUCUGCCCUGGGAGCUCAGGCAGAGCUAUGAGUUGGACAGGUCCUUUGGAGGGAACUCAGCCAAGCGCAGACUUCCAGCCAACUGUCCACCUGCAGAGCCACCGUUAAGAGUCCAGGAAAGGUUUGGAAGACAAAAGAGCAGGACAAGAAGUGAGAAGUCUGGCUGAGUGGUACAGCGAAAGCACAGUGUUAACUCCCUAACCUACCACCACCACCACUGAGCCAGGAGAUGAAGAACCCGAAGUAGGCCCAGGUCUGUCUCAGGGCCCAGCACGCAUUCACAAGUGGUCUUUUAAAAGAUGAAACCCCUUACCUCAGGCUGGAACCAAGCACAGUUUUGUUCACCUUUAAUCUGCUCCAGCACGCUGGCAGACCUUCCAGGUUCUAAGUCCAAGCACCCCAGGCAAUAGCCUCACUUCCCCUGGGCAUUACUCCUUUGUGACUUCACCCACUGAAGUCACCUUCUCAGUGACUUUAAGGGUUGCCUGUGUAGACAGCAUCAAGAGCUGAAGGGGAAGGGGUUGGGUCUCACGAGUGGCUGGCUGGCUUCCUUACCACUGACCUGUAGAGUCACUGCAGACAGGCGUUUCUCCUCUAACAAAGGUUACUGUCAGGGUGGCCCUCUCUAUUCCCUACCCUACCAUGUGAGUCAGGAGUCUGCUAUUACCUUUGGGAACUGCAUCACCUACAGGGUUCCCUACAUUUUGCUCCAACCUUUAUAAAGCACCCCUUUAUCAAGACUUCCUCCUACUAUCCUUGCAUGAGGGUAUCAUCUAUUUCCAGCUGGGACGCUUGACUGAUAGGACCACCCACACUGGGUCCCCUGGAUGGACCUGGUUUACAAUAAUGAGCCACACCACUGUAGAGCAGUUCAAUUUCUAGGAUUAGAAACCUCUAUGUCUCAUAAGCCUCUCCUUACCUCAGGCUGGAGCCAAGCAUGAAGCCAUUUUGUCCACUUUUAGUCUGCUCCAGUCCACUGGCAGACCCUUCCAGGUUCUAAGUCCAAGCCCCCCAGGCAAUAGCCGCAUUUCCCCCAGGGCAUUACUUACUCCUUUGUGACUUCACCCACUGAAGUCACCCGGGAGACAGUGCUGAAUGUUCCAUGCUAGAGUCUUGGGCCUCUUAGGAGGCAGGGACAGCAGGCCUGGCCAGCUCAGAGGACUCUCUGUCCAUAGUGUAAAUGAGGACACUGCUGGCCCAUGUCUGGCAGGGAUGUAGAGGGCAGCCUCAGAGGCACUGGGCACUCCCGGCACCAUGGAUGACGCUGCCGUCCUCAAGCGACGAGGCUACAUCAUGGGGAUAAACUUGGGAGAGGGCUCAUAUGCCAAAGUCAAAUCCGCUUACUCUGAGCGCCUGAAGUUCAACGUGGCGGUCAAGAUCAUCGAUCGCAAGAAAGCCCCCACGGACUUCCUGGAGAAAUUCCUUCCCCGGGAGAUUGAGAUUCUGGCCAUGCUAAACCACCGCUCUAUUGUCAAGACCUAUGAGAUCUUUGAGACAUCAGAUGGCAAGGUCUACAUUGUCAUGGAGCUUGGGGUCCAGGGUGACCUCCUUGAAUUCAUCAAAACCAGAGGAGCCCUGCAAGAGGAUGAUGCUCGAAAGAAGUUCCACCAGCUCUCCUCGGCCAUCAAGUACUGCCACGACCUGGAUGUCGUCCACCGAGACCUCAAAUGCGAGAACCUUCUGCUUGACAAGGACUUCAACAUCAAACUGUCUGACUUCGGCUUCUCUAAGCGCUGCUUGCGGGAUGAUAGUGGUCGACUGACAUUAAGCAAGACCUUCUGUGGGUCAGCAGCUUAUGCGGCCCCCGAGGUGCUGCAGGGCAUCCCCUACCAGCCCAAAGUGUAUGACAUCUGGAGCCUGGGUGUGAUCCUCUACAUCAUGGUCUGUGGCUCCAUGCCCUACGAUGACUCCAACAUAAAAAAGAUGCUGCGCAUCCAGAAGGAGCACCGGGUCAACUUUCCACGCUCUAAACACCUGACUGGUGAGUGCAAGGACCUCAUCUACCGAAUGUUACAGCCAGAUGUCAACCGGCGGCUGCACAUUGAUGAGAUCCUUAGCCACUGCUGGGUGCAGCCCAAGGCACGAGGUCUGUCCUCUGGAGCCGUCAACAAGGAGGGGGAAAGCUCCCGGGCCGCUGAGCCCUCAUGGACCCCUGAACCUGGUUCUGAUAAGAAGUCCGCCACCAAGUUGGAGCCUAGGGAAGAGGCACGAUCUGAGGCCCAAUCUGAGACAAAACCCCAGGAAGAAACUGUGCAGGUGGCCAGGCAGUCAGAGAACGUGGGCCUCAGCAGCGAACUGAACAGGGACACAGAAGAAGGGCACCCCCAACAGCCUUCAGAGACACAUACUUAGUGAGCCUCUUGUAGCCCAGGGGGCCAGCAGGGAAUGAAGCAGAGCUCAUGGCUUGAAGCCUGAGCCUAGAAGUCAAGGGACGAGAGAGAGAAGGAAGACACUCCCGGAUGAGCUAUUUUCGUCACUUUCUUCUCCCCCCCUUUGAACUUGGUAACUCACAUGGCUAUAGAAGCAAUAAAUCACUAUAUUGGUGCACA